AGGCGCACUAAGCAUCUGUUCACCAUGCCUGGAAUCCGGCUCAAGUUCAAAUGGCUGCUGAAAGCGAUAGUUAUGGUUUCACCGGCUUUGCUGUUUCUUUGUGCGGUAGAACAAACUAGUGAGAGUGAAAAAUCCGAGUAUGACAGUAUGCCUCCGCUUUAUCACUUUGAGGAUAAAUCAACGUGUCUCAGCGAAAAUUUCAACAACACCUAUUGCGUCGCCAGAAGUAUCAUCGUUCCUGACAGCUCAUCUGAAUUGUGGGCGGUUAUAGAGAAACACUCAAAACAGGACACAGAUUAUCGCCAUUACUUGCUCGAUCGUGGGGUCUGUCUGAAUACAUGCGCCGAAUUAGUUAGCGGCCUAUCGGACGAACAGAGAAAAAAUUAUGAUCAACGAAAAAUCGACGUGGAGCCACCGUACAUUUACGACGCUUCGUACAUUCCCGGUAUGGACGAGUACAAACGAAAAUAUGGACGGCUCAUCAACAUAUGCUUGAACUAUCAGUUACGCCAAGAUUACAACCUUUCCAGCUACUCGGUAAUAGAGCACUGCAUGACAUCGGCCGAACUGAACAAACCCCUUACAUUGUACCAUGCGUUGUUCGUUAUACUUCUCGGCGCCAUCGUUAUCCUGGUGAUCCACGCGACAUUUCGCGACAAUCGGGUCGUCGCUAAUGUUAAUAACAACCUCGUCGCAAUCGAAACCGACUCCAAAGAACCGGAAAACAACAUAUGGAUGGAAUUUUCCCUCAAACGUAGCUUGCAGCGACUGCUGGCAAAGCCAAAAACCAAAGUGCAACAGGAUUUGGCAUUUAUGGAAUCUGUGCGAGUAGUAACGGUGUUGAUUAUCACCAUUGUUCAUACAUUUAUGUCAUUCGGGGCUAGUCCUAUGGCUAAUCCAAGAACACUAGAACAUUUGUACAGGAACGCUGUCGUGAGGAUGGCUUCAGCAAUAUUUCCCUUUCUGGUGCAUACAUUUUUCACUAUCGGAGGAAUGCUGCUUUCGGUUCAUUUUUUGGAUUUUAUCAAAACCGGAGCCAAGUUUCGCUGGUGGUACUUUUUUGCAGCGGUUUUUAAUCGAUAUUUGAGGAUGAUACCGUUAUACUUCAUUAUGUGGCUGUAUCAAGUGUCGUGGUUCGAUCGACUGGGAGUCAGUGGGCCAACUGCUCACCGGGUAGUGGAUGUGGAAAUGCAAUUCUGCAAGCAAAAUGGUUGGUCAAACUUUUUAUUCAUUAACAACUACUACAAAUACAAUGAACCAUGCAUGCAACAAACCUGGUCAAUGGCUUCAGAUUUCCAAUUUUUCGUUGUGGGCAUGCUCAUUAUGAUGCUGCUUUGGAGGUUUCCAAAAUUAACCAAAGUGAUGAUAGUCGCAAUGAUGUCAACCUCAAUUGUAGUCCCAAUUAUCAAUAACUACACGUACAAUUUUGUCGGGGUAAUUCUGUUAAACUUCAAGCACCUCCGAUUCAUGCUUUUACACUACGAAUGGAUGCUGAGGGACUAUGUUCGUGCACAUCCUCACACGUCCAGCUACUUUGCCGGUAUAAUAGCUGGAAUGGUGUACCACAAAGCUCAGAAGGACUCACGAAAUCCUGCGCAGUUAAUCAUCUAUCAGUAUAUGAAGCGUAUUGCUCCACUAAUGGUGAUUCUGCUCUCCAUCCCGGCCACUUUCUUCUACGACAGCAAACCAAGUCAGCCAUCUCUUUGGAUGGCAAUAUACGCCUCAGCUCAUCGUAACUUUUUCGGUAUUAUGUGCGGAGUUGGAUUACUAUAUGGGGCAACCGAUGGAGCCUACAAAAUACCGGCCAUCUUGCGACAUCCAGUAGUGCUGGCAAUCGGACGCUUGUCAUUCUGUGUCUAUUUGGCGCAGUUCAAUUCACUGCGAUUUUCUUUUAUCAACGUUGAAGGGUAUGGAUUUCCCUUGAACGGACCGAAUUUUAUAAAAGCACUUGUUGUAUGUAUUAGCCUUUCGUAUGGAAUAGGUUUUCUACUUUGUACCACAAUCGAAAUUCCAAUCUCAGCUAUAAUUAAGCGGCUUCAGGGUACUUCUUCUAAAAAAACAAAAUGAUAAUUGAAAAUUCGAUCAACACGGACCAGUUAAAAACUAUCAUUUAAACAACUCGAAGUCGUUUUUGACAAGUACUAUUAGUUGGUUAUCCCUCAACUAGUGUCGUGGCCAGAAUUCAGUUUUUUUCUUUUUCUGUAUAAAAUAUUAGACAAAAGUUAGUCACAGUCGAGCGAAAUGUCAUGAAAA